CCUAAAUUUACAUGGUUUUGACAACACAGUAUCCGGGCUUUUCCCCUGUUACACACACACACACACACACACACACACACACACACAGCUGUUAUACUUUACACUGCUUUAUGCACCCGGCUCGGAUUUUUAUUCCUUAACGUAAAUGUAAAUAAUUCAGAGUUAUGGAUGACCACACUCCCUCGUCUCUGCUUGACAUGUGUUUAGGGUGUAUAUGUCAGAACCUCGACACCCUGUGCAGUGUGUGUGAUGACGGGACGCUGCGUCUCCGAUCCUGUCUGCUUUUUCCUCCAGAACUGUCUGAUCUGUUACUGAGGACUCUGACUGAGGAAGGUUUACUGAACGACAGGACGCUCGGCAUCUUUCAGAAUGUCGAAUGUUUGCGUCUGAAGCAUGCCUGCGUUCGAGCUUCUCAUCUCACCACAGCUUCCUUCCGCCGCUCUCUGUGUUCUCACAGCCUGAAGGAACUUGAUGCUUCCCGUGUUGUUGGUAAAAUCACCAUCUCCGACAUCCUCCAGGGCCUCGUGUCCAGUCCGGUUUGCAGUCAGAGCCUGCAGAGGCUGAAUGUGAGUGGUUUGGAUCGUCUCGGGGAUUGUCCGGUAAGUUUCAAGUCAUUGCAGGCUCUCAGGAGUCUCUCUGCUGCAUGGACACCUCUGGAUGACUCGAACUUGGAGGACAUCUGUUCGCUCCCAAUGCUGGAGAACCUGGAUAUUUCUGGUACAUACGUCACAGAUCUCACGCCGCUGCUGAGGCUCUGCUCGAAACUGCGCCUGCUUACUGUUCACACUCUGCUCCACCUCAGAAUGGAUAUUAAGAGCUUUCUCUCAGUAAUGUCCGAGCUAAAGCUUCUCACGCACCUAGAUGUCUCCAACGAUCAAAUGCAGAAGAGUGGAGAGAUGAUCAGAAAGCUCCUGCAGAAGACGCAGAUCCUCCCAGCACUCGUUUCUCUGGAUGUGUCAGGGUGGACAGAGCUUGAAGAUGAGGCCCUGGAGGUUUUUCUGGAGGCAUGGCCUGGGAUGAGGUUCAUUGGUCUGCUGGGCACUGGUGCUGGAAUGUCUGAUAUCCUGUCUGGAGCAGGAAAUCUGAAGGUGGCUGGAGGGUGGAACCUUACACAGCUGUGUGAAGCUCUGUGGAGAUACAGGGACAGAGAGAGCUUGCUGCAGGAGGCGCUGCGCUGCCUCCACCUACACUUGAAUGACACAGACAUCGGCUGCCGUCCAGACGUCUUAAAGUUGGUGUAUUUGGGACUGAAAGCCCACAGCAAGUGUGUAAAUGUGCAGAGGGCGGGCUUGGCAUGUGUGUUCAAACUCACUGCUCUGGAGCUGGCAGAUGGAAUGUCAAAAAAUCUACUGGGAAGUGUGAUGAGGCACAUUAUCACCACCAUGAGGAACUUUCCUCAACAUGCACAGAUCCAGAUGAACUGCCUGCUGUCUCUGAGCAAUAAUCACAUCCUGAAAGUCGCCCCCUUUGACAGGUGUGAAGCAGCGAAACAGGUGAUCAUGUUUUUGAUUACUAAUGAAGAUGAAUUUCUACAGCCGUUGUCUGCAUCCCUCAUCGUCUUUCUGAUCGCUCAGUUGACUCAGGAGGAAAUUGCCCAGCUGGGAGCUGAAGAGUUUAUAAUAAAGAACUUGCUGCAUGUGGUUGGAAAGAAAGGUUCAAUGGGAGUGUGGAACUCUACACUCGAUGGUACACUGACUGCACUUUGGGGCCUGACAGACAAUACACACUCGAGCUGCACACACUUCCUGCAGUGUGAUGGUCUGGAGCUGUACAAAGAGCUGCUAGAGACAUACUGUUUAAAUCCCAGGGUGCUGACUCAAAUCUUAGGCCUCCUGACUAACGUGUCGGAGAUGGAGGAUCUGCGUGUCCAGCUGAUGGAUGAGGAACUUUUGCAGCACGUUGUCACUCUGAUGGAGCUCAGAGAGGUGAAAGUGAGUUUUUUCGCUGGCGGUUUCCUUGCCAACUUGACGUCCGGCAGCACGUGGAUUUUGGACACGAAGCUGCGAUGUGAAAUUCUGAACAAACUGCACUCUGCUGUGAUGUCAUGGACUCCUCCGGACCAAUCUAUGGUCUCAUACAGGACGCUGCAUCCGUUCUACUCUCUCCUGAGGAUCUCGCAGCCAUCUGCAGUGCAGCUCUGGGCUCUCUGGGGCAUCAAGCACAUCUGCACACACAAAGUGUCUCACUACAGGACGAUGCUGGAGGACACUGGAGGGUUGGAUGUACUACGUACACUGACCUCUGACCCCGAUAUACACGAUGACAUACGCUCUUUAGCCGUACACACACUUCAUCUCGUGGAGGGAUAAAGUUACACACACACACACACCUCACCUUUACUGUACACUCACACUCAGUCACGUAGACAGAUUCAGACAGGUGUUAUGUGUGGUACAGGCAACGUGCAGCUCUGUUCAUUUACAUUUACAUUUGUGGCAUUUAGCAGACGCCUUAUCCAGAGCGACGUACAAAGGUGCUUUAAAUCUCUAGUAGUGAAUAAAUCUACACUGGUACGCAAGAUUACAAACUCAA